AUGGCCACCGUCACUCGUCCAAAGGCGCCCAUACAUACAAGAUCAAGUCCACUGCUGUCUACCCAUGUUCCCUCGCCUUUUCCUCAUGAACAGCUUCGACAAUUGCAGGCAGAUGACUCUUUCUUUUCGGAGGAUCUUUUUGUUUCGUCUGAAGAGCAAGUGGCAGAACCUCCACAAGCUGCAGAGUCCGACAGCGACUCGCGUGGCGUACAUGGCGACGUAAUGCCUUCAAUUGCGUUGGUUCAAAGGUCGUGCUUGAUGACAUUAAACAACUUGUUAUCCGUCCCAACGGGGUGGAAUCCCAUUGUUCCCGACCGUCGACACUCCAUGCCAUCCAGCCCACACAAUACCACAUUUCCACAAGGCGAGGCUGAAUCAUCGUCCUCUGCCUUGCAUACCCUUGUCAUCAAUCUUCGAAAUCGUGGCAGGGACGAUGAAAUGAUCGAGGCCCGUGAUUCCGUCAAUGAUUCUGAUCUCAUCAAUGAGCUUAAGACACGGGUGAAAUCCAUCUCAUCUUCCUUGCAGCCCAGUGAAGCGAUUCUUGCGAAAUCUCUCGUCUCUUUACUGUCAAACCUCAACAGACUCUCUGUUAUUCAAUCAGGCAUGCACCUAACCACUCUUGAAACGCCCGAGCCAGAGUCUUCCCGCCAAUACGACGAACCCCCUCCAAUUGAUCAUUUUGACGCACUCAAGCGUCAGCUUAAUGAGUUGCAGACAGAACGUCUUGUCUCUCAGGGUGGAAUGUCCACUCCGGGCAUACCUACGACCCUUGAGGUCGAAGUUUCCUUGUUAUGGACAAGAAUCGAUCAAGAGCUCGAAACCGUAGUCUCAAUGUGCAAAGAGCAUACGGAGAACCUUCCGAGAUUUUUCCAAGAUAAUCUUCCCCCUCAAUAUGACUAUGAGGACUUUGAUUUGGAAAGUCCGCCCAUUUACGAGCCUGGCGGUCGUAGCUCAAUAGAUGACAGCAAGGGUAAGACGGCACAAUACCAGCCUUCGUCUAGCACACGUCAGAGCGACGAGAAGAUGCGGUUAGAUCUAGAGGCCGUUGCAAUGGCGAUUGACAGACUCUACCUUGUUGCGCCGCAGCUUCACAAUCAACGAGUCGAGCUCAAAUCUUCGAAGCUCGUUCAGAUGGAGAAAGCUCGACAACAAGGCGUUUCGCUGAGUAGCAAAGGAAAGGAAAGGGACGUGAAGGAGCUGGAGAACAUUCUUGACCUUCUCGGGAAAGCUUCGGAUAGGUCCCUCAAAGGUCAAUCCGUUAUUCUUGAUGGUGGCAUGCGGAGCAGACUAGAGAAGGCGAAACUUCGUGAUGUAGCCAAGAGGGACGCGUUUGUUGAACAAUUGGUUCGACACUCGGGUGCUGGUCGAAUUUACGGCCAAGACGCGAUACUGCAUCCUCGUGUCAAAGAUCCAGAGGCUCUUCUAAGUCUUCCUGAAUUUAUUCGAGAGGGCUUACCCCCAAACUCUGAACGACUGAAGGAUCCAGAAACUCUUCUGACUUUACCAGAGUUCGUGAAAGAGCUGCCUCCAGUUAGGCAGGACGAAAUCACGCUUCCUCCUAUACCAACUACCAAAUCGAAGAAGAGCAGGAGUCGAAGCUUAUCUGCGCCUCCAUUAUCUUGGCUGCGACCAUUGUCAUCCUCGAAGUCUAAUUCAAGCCAGGGUAGCAGCUCUGGUAUCUCCAGUGUUCAGUUGCAGCCAAAGUUCGGAGAUCAAAGUACCUCCUUUGAUGUCGUAUACGUUGCGGAGAACCACGAAAACUUGCAACAUGUGCUCGUUUUCUUCACGGUGACUGGCGGAUACCCUGGCGUUGACUUGGAAGCCGAAGUAUUGCCCCCGUUCCCUGAACACCCUUCAGAGGGAGGAGAUCAUCUCCUCAUCAAAUCCGGCCCCUACUGCUCGCUUCCGCUCAUGCUCCCUGCUCGGACGACCCCAGGAAAGAAAGAAAUCCAAGUUCAGAGUGGACACUACGAAAUCAGACUUUCGACUUUACCCUCAUCAUCGUCCUCCGAGACUGCAGAAUCACCAACACCCCUGCUUGAUGCUUCCCACCUGUCGUCGAUGAAUCCCACAUCCUUCAUUUGUGCCUCAUGUUCCCUGCCUCUCGUUCAGUCUUCAAAGAUUGACCAUUAUCGUGAUCUACCGUCGGAACAUUGGGAAGAGCUAGUCGAGGCCUGGAUGUGUCAUACCGACCAGUCCCUCCACGAGCAAGUGGUCAAGACUGGCAAAACUGGGUUUUGGCCGGCUCCAGGUCAGGCACUUGUGGGAGGAAGCUAUAUCUUGUUCGACAACUCCGCGAUGUCUACAAAUAACCUAUACCAUGCGAAAGAAGCUUCGCGCGAAGAUAACUGGCACCUUGCACGAUGUCUAUGCGGCGCUGUCUUUGGGAGAUAUCAAGAGAAAGCUUCAGAAGAAGGCGACGUUCGUACAGCCUACCGAGUCCUCAAAUACGCAGUCCGUCCUGUCAGCUCGACAGCCGAGUGUUUGAAGAUACCACUGUCUGCAUUCAUCGUGGAAGAUAUGACUGAAUUUGUUCAAGCUCAUGCUUCGUAUCGGUUCAUCAUCAGCGAUGAGGAGGAAGAACGGCCGCGAAUCCUUAUGUGGUUAUUCAAACCGCGCAUCCGCCUCGCCUAUACCACGCCCACGUCCCGCGCGAUCCCCAAGAGUGCUUCGGUUAUGGCCGCGAAGGUCCUUUAUAAACUCAUCUCACCGUCUGAUGCGAAUGUUGAUUUGAAAAGCCUCCUCAAUAAAUACCCAGGAUUCCCUCAAGCUGAAUAUCUCUCAUACCCGAUGUCUAUCUGUCGUCGCCUUGCUGGAUUUUUGAAGCAGAGUAAUACCGCAUACCCGGAACGGUUGCGCAUGAUGACUGGCCUUGAAGUUGGUUGGCUGCAGCGUGCGUGA